CACGAAGUUUCCGGUGUUGUGUAUGUUCCUGGAAACAUGGCGGCCAGCUUCCGCGGCCGUCCUAUCCGGAGUCUUCGGAUGCGGGGUCGGAAUGACAGCGGGGAGGAGAACGUCCCGCUGGAUCUGAGCAGAGAACCAUCUGAAAACCUCCGUGAAAUCCUCCAAAAUGUGGCCAAAUCUCACGGAGUCAGUAACAUGCGAAAGCUUGGCCACCUGAACAACUUCAUCAAGCUGCUUUGCAGCAUUGGACAUCAGGAGGAGAGCUUUGGGUUUACAUAUGAAGAAAUCAUUGUAUGUCUACGACUAGCUCUUCUAAAUGAGGCCAAGGAAGUGCGUGCAGCAGGUUUGCGGGCACUCCGCUAUCUUAUUAGAGACACCAAUGUGCUGCAGAAGGUCCUCAGACUGCAGGUGGAUUAUUUAAUUUCCAGAUGCAUUGACAUCCAGCAAAGCAACGAGGGGGAGAGGACUCAGGCAUUACGGCUUGUCCGAAAGAUAAUCACUGUCAACGCCAUGCUGUUCCCCACCUCUGUCGCCAAUUCUCUGAUAGCUGUGGGUACAGACGGACUGCAGGAGAGGGAUCGCAUGGUUCGUGCUGCCGUUGCCAUCAUAUGUGAGCUAGCCCUGAAGAACCCAGAGGUGGUGGCCAAACGUGGAGGUCUCAGCACAAUCCUUAAAAGCGUCAUCGACUGUCAGCUUAGUCGGAUCAACGAGGCCCUGAUCACCACAGUCCUCCACUUGCUCAACCACCCGUGCACCCGCCAGUACGUGCGUGUUGACGUCGAGCUCGAGCAAAUCCUCGCACCUUUCACUGAUUUCCACUAUCGACAUAACGCUGACACAGCUGAGGGACAACUCAAGGAGGACAGAGAAUCCAGGUUCUUGUCGAGCAGGAUGGCAAUAGUCGCUGCAUUUCGUUCCUGGUCUGGAAUUAUCAACCUGUGCAAGGUUGGGAAUUCUGGAAUCCAGUCUUUAAUUGGCUUACUUUGCAUACCAAAUAUGGAGGUUAGGAAAUGCUUGUUGGAGGUGUUAUAUGAGAUAUUCAGGCUUCCUGUGCCCAUUGUUACUGAAGACUUCAUGGAGGCUCUCCAAAGUGUUGAUCCUGCCAGGUUCCAGGACACCUGGAGACUCUCUGAUGGGUUUGUGGCUGCUGAGGCUAAAGUUAUCCUACCCCAUCGGGCGCGCUCCAGGGCUGACCUUAUGGACAACUACCUGGCAUUUGUCCUUUCUGCCUUCAUCUCCAGUGGACUGUUAGAGGGUCUUGUGGAAGUUGUAACCAGCAACGAUGACCAGCUUGCUAUCAGAGCUACUAUACUCCUGGGAGAGCUUUUACACAUGGCAAACACAAUUCUUCCUCAUUCCCAUAGCCACCACUUACACUGCCUUCCAACCCUCAUCAACAUGGCAGCCUCGUUUGACAUCCCCCAAGAGAAACGACUCCGUGCAAGCGCAGCCGUGAACAAUCUGAAGCGUUUUCAUGAGAAAAAGAAGAAAGGUUUGAACCCCCACAGUCUUUACUUGGACCACAUCAUUCGCAAGUCUGUGUCCUCCCAUAACCGCAGAGAUUCCCACUCGCGUGUCCAAAGGGACAUCUACAUCAUAAAGGACACAGAAGAAACACUGCUGAUGAACCUGAGAGACAGCCACAUCCUCAACCACAAGCAGAACUUAGAGUGGAACUGGUUGCUCAUUGCGACCAUCCUGAAGUGGCCAAAUGUGAGCCUCAGAAACAACAAGGAUGAACAGAUGCACAGGUUUGUUCGGAGGCUGCUGUACUUCUAUAAGCCUACUAGUAAAUUAUAUGCUGGGCUGGCAUUGGAUCAUGUGAAAGCCAGGCAACUCACUGUGGUUGGAUGUCAGUUUGUGGAGUUCCUCAUGGACUCAGAUGAGGAUGGUCAGGGGUAUCUGGAGGACCUUGUGAGGGACAUGGUCUCGUGGCUCUGCUCAUGUUCAGGACUGAAGCCGGAGCGCAGUCUGCAGAGCAACGGCCUUCUCACCACACUCAGUCAGCACUACUUCCUCUUCCUGGGGACACUUUCUGCACACCCACAGGGAGUCAAAAUGUUAGAGAAAUGUGGCCUGUUCCAGUGCCUGCUGAACUUGUGCUCUGUAAAGAACCAGGAUGCUGUGCUGAAGCUUGCCAUAACAACUCUGGAUUACAGCAGAGACGGCCUGGCCAGAGUCAUCCUCUCUAAGGUCCUCACAGCUUCCACUGAUACAUGCAGGCUGUACGCUACCAAACACCUACGCGUGCUGCUGCGUGCCGGCGUGGAGUUCUUCAGUAGCUGGGGUAUGGAGCUCCUGGUCACCCAACUUCAUGAUCACAACAAGGUUGUUUCCAUGGAGGCCCUCGACAUACUGGAUGAGGCCUGUGAGGACAAGGCCAACCUUCAUGCUCUAAUCCAGCUGAAACCAGCUGUGUCUCAUCUGGGAGACAAAGGCCUCCUGCUGCUCCUCAGGUUCCUGUCCAUUCCUAAAGGUUUCUCCUACCUCAACGAGAGGGGUUAUGUCAGCAAACAGCUGGAUAAAUGGCAGAAGGAGUACAACCUUAAAUAUGUGGAUCUGAUAGAGGAGCAGCUGAACGAAGCACUAACAACUUACCGCAAACCGGUUGAUGGAGAUAACUACGUCAGACGCAGCAACCAAAGGUUACAGAGACCAAAUGUUUAUCUUCCUGUGCACCUGUAUGGUCAGCUGGUCCAUGAUAAGACAGGCUGUCAUCUACUGGAAACUCAGAAUGUAGUUCCAGACCUUAGCUACACGGUUCGCUCCCCGAUGCUGGACACCUGGGAGGGUGUCAAACAGCUCAAGGCUGCUCUCUGGGCUCUGGGACACAUCGGCUCUUCAAACUGGGGUCUUAAUCUCCUGCAGGAGGAGAAUGUCAUUCCUGACAUCCUUGCAUUGGCUCAGCACUGUGAGGUGCUGUCAGUGCGUGGGACGUGCAUUUAUGUGCUUGGCGUGAUCUCCAAGACCAAGCAGGGAUGUGAGGUUCUCAAGCAGUAUGGUUGGGAUGCAGUCAGGCAUAGUCGCAGGACGCUAUGGCCUGUCACUCCUGACGAGGUAGACGCCCAGCUCACUUCAGAGCUGUCCUCGGUACCGAGCACGCUCAGUCUGAACUCGGAAUCCACUAGCUCCCGCCACAACAGCGAGAGCGAGUCUCAACCAAACAUGUACAUCCUGGACGAUGACAGGUGUGAUGGUUUGGACUCAUCCGAUGACCCCUCGUUCUAUCCACACUCUAAAGCAGUCAAGGAUCGCAGCCCAUUCACAAUCCUUGGUUCCACACGCUUUGUUCGUCCCCGCUUCCUUAACUCCCUGUCCCUCCCCAGCAAGAAGCUACGCUCCACUAGUGACCCAAAGAGCUGCUCGGGCUCUCGCACCCCAACUGAGCCCAGGACGGACAGCCCAAGGCGGAACAGGACGGUGACAGAGCCUUCUGUCCAUAGCCCCAACCAGGGGGACGUCUUCACCUCAGUAUUUAAUGGCAGGGGAAUGCCAAAGAGUCCAACGGUUAGCCUGGAGACCUCUUUUGUUGGGACCAGGGGCAGCUCUGAGGAGCAGCUUGUGGAUGGCAGACUGGUGAGGGGAGGAGGCUCAGGCCUCGGACUCAGCGGUCUUGGUGGACAUGGGGUGGUGGAGCACCACAGGGAGCAGAGCAGCCGAGAGCGUCUAGCAGGAGACGGCGGCUCUGGCGGUGGUAAUGUAGGAGGCGGGGGUACUCAGUUUAAAAGCCGCAGUCAAAGCUUUAACACAGAUACAACAACCAGUGGCAUCAGUUCCAUGAGUUCCAGCCCCUCCCGUGAGACUGUUGGAAACUCCGAGCAUCCCGACGUGGAACCAGACUCUUCUGACUGUGUGAGCCUGAACACUGUCGUGUCAGCCAAGACUGUCAAAACAUUCUCCUCCCUCACCCCCCAGCCUCAAACCAACCACAUGUCCAGCUCUAAGUCCCCCACCGUUUCACUGGUACCGCCGGGCUCCUCGCACACUCUUCCCCGCCGAGCUCAGUCUCUCAAGUCCCCCUCGGUCAUAACCAUCAAAAGUCUGGCUGACUGCAGCUUCAUCUAUACCAGCCCCAGAGACGCACUAGGUUACGCUACACUGAAGAGGCUGCAGCAGCAGAGGAUACACCCAUCUCUGUCUCACAGUGAUGCUCUUGCUUCACCUGCCAAAGAUGUACUGUUCACCGACACCAUCACCAUGAAGACCGGGAGCCUGGAUUCCAGGUUAACACCUCGCAGGCUAUCAGACAGGAGGCGUACCUGUCCAGAACCAACCGUCCCAAGCCCAUACCGCAGGCUGUCCAGAACACUUGUACCGCGGUUCCUGAAAGCUCUGAGUUUCGCCUCUCUGGAUAAAGAAGAGCUGCUCAGUCCCAUCAACCAAAGCACCCUGCACCGCUGCUCCUCGGUGCGCUCAAUGGUCUCCAGCGCCACCUUCGGGUGCAAUGACGACUAUAUUGGCCUGGCGCUGCCAAUGAACAUCCAUGACAUGUUCCACAUCAGAGAUUCGACUUACUUUCAGCAGAGGAUCAGCCCGCCAUCUGAAGAGCGGAAACGCUUCCUGUUUGGUGAUGGAGAUGGGGAUCGGCCUGCUCUCCCGUUACUGAAACAGCAGUUCAGUAUCUCAGAGCUGAUUGCUUCCCGAGGUGACACUCAGAACAACAUGGUGGACUCAGAGGAGACGGGUCUGCAGGAUCACUGUGAGGAAAACUGUCUGUACUGCGUAGGAGCCAGUGUCCUCGGAUACCUCUCUCAGCCACAGAUCAACAGCACACACUCUCGGACAGAUUAUGUUGACUUCGCCUCAUGGGGUGGCCAGGGUGGCCAUCGGCUGGAGGUGAUGCCUCAGUCUAAGUUCUCUGGGGUGUCAGGAUGCAGCGAUGCUGCUGUGUCACAAGGUUCAAUCUCUAGCACGCCCACGCCUGGUGACGUUGUUAUUGGCGGGAAGGCGAUAUCUGAUGACGGCCCUGCCUCUCGAGUCCUCCUGAGGAAGGAGAUUCUCCGCCUCAUCAUCAACCUCAGCUCCUCUGUCGGAACCAAAGGCAACGAAACAGGACUAUUGACGAUAAAGGAGAAGUUUCCUUAUGCGUUCGAUGACAUUUGCCUGUACUCUGAGGUGUCCCACCUCUUAUCCCAUUGUAUGUUUCGCCUAACUUCGAGGCGCUUCAUACAAGAACUCUUCCAGGACGUGCAGUUUAUGCCAAUGUACGAGGAAGCUGAAGCAAUCCUGACAAAGCUACCAAAACCUGUCGCAGAGGACCAUAACCCUCCUGCAGAGUCCUGAUCCCCCCCCCCCCCCCCCCCCCAAGCCUGUGCUCAGUCCUGGCUCCUCGCAACUGUGGAAAGAAAGCAGGUCUGAGGUUCUACUGACACAAGAACGUUCGGCUCGUUUCUGCUGCUUGAAGCAGAGGAACAGAGGAUUCUCAUCGCUCAGCUUGCUCCUGAGCUGGAAACUAAAGACUUCAGUAACCGUACACACAUUUAAUGAUGCUUCAGAAAACAGAUUAUCAGCAGUUUAGCCAAAUACUGUUUCCACAUGGAUUGGAGACACUGAGAAAUAUUCACCGUUAGAUCAGCCUAAAACUAAAGGACAAAGACAGUGUAUUAAAACAGUGCUCAUGUAGUUUUUAAAAAUCAAAUCAUGAUGAUUUGUGCAGAUUUAGGUUGUUUCCUGUAAUGAAAUGAGUAAGGCACAUCACGUCACGUCUGCCUGAAGAUUCCUCGGACCUUGCCUUCUUUUCUUUAAAGAAAACACUACGAACUGAUCCUGCUGCUUUUAAGACCCAACAGGAGAACAUCCUGGUCCAGACACCCCAUCCCCAGUUCUCUUGCCUCACCACUUCCUGAAACCUUAAGCCUCCUGUCAGCAGAGACAGCCUGCUAACCUUUCUAUUCCUUGUCACUGACAAUCAGACAUCACCAGUGUUGUAUUUUUUAAAGCAUAUCAGCCACCAUUACUCAGUGAAUGAGAAUAGCAUGUAAUUCAAUGCUAGUUUAUUCCAUACUUUACUUGCUUAGAGCCUUUCAUGUUUCUUUUCCGCUUUUGCAUCUUUAGCGAGCUUCAGAAAAGGUGAGUCUGUCCUUUUUUCUUUUUUUUUUUUUUUGAAGAUGCUCGCUUGUGUAAGUAAUCUGUAGAAAGGUUGAAAACAGAUCCACAAAGAUGUUCCUGAAACGUUCACAAACCAGCAGCUUCUCUUCACAAUGCCUUCUUUACCUCUGCGCUUCACCUACUGCAUGUCCAGCAAGCAUGGCAAAGUUGUGCUUCACUCUAACUUAUUUCCGGCUUAGAAAACCUUUUGGAGAAAAUAUAGGUUGCUAUUUCAUGUCACCAUACAUCAUAGGAAUGGAGUUACCCCUGAAUCUGUUUCCAUGAUGCAAUAUAACCAUGUCAUUGGAGGAGGAGGACAACGACAGAGGAGGGGAGCAGUGCAGUGCGAUGACUGAAGUAAAUGUAAAAGGUUUCCAGGGAAACAAGGUUCUGUUUCCAUUGGCUAUUUUUUAUUUUUUUGCUAUAAUGCUGCUACACAAAUGAACUCAUAGAGUGAUGAUUCAUAGAUCCGCUGAGUGAUGUCAGAUCCGAUCUAUUUAUUAUAUGUCUGUACUAUAGUGAGCUCAGCCAGAGAAGAAAAAGUUAUUUAUAUUUUUCCUCGAGACUGUAUUAUAAUUUAAAUUUUUUUUCUUUUUGCCUGAAUUGUGUUUCCCUUGUAUAAUGUGUACAGUAUGUUUUUGGGGCAUUGACGACCUAAAGAAACAUACGAUCCUAUCAAAGGGAUGCAUUGGUAAUAAAACAAAAUUUGAAACACCCAAAA